UUCAAGCAACAUUACUAACGGCCCACAGCCCAAAGGCAGGAUAUAGUUGAGGAAAAUCUCGUCCGUUUUUUCUUUUUAUACCUUUUCUACUAAAAUGAAACAAAACAAAACAGCUCUGUCUCUUCCCAAAGCAUACCACAAUGCAUUAUUUUUCCAGCAGUGGAUUAUGAACAUUUUCAAACAUACAGAAAAUAGAAAAUUUUACAGCAAAGACUUAACCUUUAACUUCUUAAUAUUUUCUAUCAUUUUUUCUGCACCUCUCUAAAAUUUUUUUUGAUACAUUCCAAGUUAGUCAUAUUACAUUAUCUUUGAAAAAGACCUCCAUUUAUCAUGACAGGGGUAAUGGGCGCUUAAUGUUCAGUACUGUUCUAACACACUGCAAGCUUUAUCACAUGGGAUCUUUCAAGACAAUGCUGUAAUUAUACCCAUUUUACAGGAAGCAGGGGUUUGGAGAUGGGGGUUAUGUCACUUGGCCAAGUGGCAGAGCCAAUAGAAGGCCCUACGUGUAGGUGGCUGUUAUUUUCUUCAAACAUAAUACUCUCCAGGAUACCUUGUUAAUACAGAUUCCUUGGCUAAAGUUAGCGCAGGACAGAAUCCCUAUUCCUUCCUCAGGUGUCUCAACCGGUGGGUUGGAGACAUGGAUAACAUUUGGGUGGUUGAUAGGAUGCAUUUAACAUCACCUUUUGUUAGCUGUGUUUUCUUUACACAUAUCUAUGUGCAUUUCAAGGUGUUUCAGUGACCUUUUUGACUUUCAGUGAAAGAAAAGGUGGAUUGUGGAGUCAGGAAGACCCUAGUUUGAAUUCGACUGCUUCAAAUCUCAGCCUCGUCAGAAGGGGCCAGUGACCUCAGAUCUUUCCCUCAGGGGAGCUGACAUCUGUAACUCAUUUGGGCCUCUUCCAGUUCCCUCACUUUAUAACCUCUGACAAGCUCUUCUCCAUCCCUUCUCUGCCACACUCCCAUGAUCAUGCUUGGAUCAUUACCAGAUACAUUGUUUUAGGUUAACACAUUCCACUCAUUUAUUCUUUCUGCUUGCCUGCUCAAAUCUUUCCAUGGGGAGGAUAUUUACAAACCCAAACAGAACCUAUGUAUUUUAAGUCGUCUUUUCCAUUCCUCUUACCGUAGCUUGUGAGGAGCAGGCAGCUAUCAGUGAGUGUCCAUGAUGGGUCAGUAUCUCUAACUAGGAGGGCUGUGUGACAGUGGCCAAGUCCCUUUCAUAUUAGUCAAAGAACAGGCUAAGCUGCUGUGAGAAAGGAACCCUCAAAACAGGGUCUCAAACAAGUUGAAAGUAUAUUUCUCUCUUACGAAGCAGCCCAGAAUUUGGCAGGCAGUCACAGCAGGUAGGUCUCUCUGUCCUGUAAGGUUGGUAGAGACCCAGUUUCCUCCUAUCUUAAUUCUUCCAUACGUAGAUUUCAUUAGGAUAUUUUUGGCCUGAAAGUACCCAAAAACUCAACUCACUAUGGCACACUCAGUAAGGUGAUUUGUUAAAUAUUAUCUGGAGUAGUUUCUAGAUUGGUUACAGGAUUAAUUUAAUGGCUCAACAAUGCUAUUAAGAAAUGGUUUUAUUCCACUUUCUGCUCUUCCAUUCUCCCCAGUACAUCCUCUUUAGUGAAGUCUCCUCACAGUUCCACAAUUUUGAGGAUGCCAAAAUUAUCCUAUGGCAAUAUCCAGUAGCAGACUAGGGAAUGUUUUUCUGCAAUGUCUUUUUUUUUUUCAGCAUGAUGAAAAUAUUUUCUAAAAAUCUCUGAGUAGGCUUCUCUGUCUCCUUGGCCACACUUUUUGAUCACAUGCCUAUGACUAAACUUGUACCUGGCAAGGGGAAAGAACCCACUAAGCCUAACUCAGACCAGUUAUGGCUAGAGGAGCUGGAUCUGGGACUGGGGCAGGGGUUGGGGCUGGGACCUGCCUCGUCUAAAGCAAGGUCAGAGUCUAUUAGUUGGGAUGAAGGUAAGGAAUGGUACCUACCCCAAGUCUGCCACAUAUUGCUACCUCCUACAUGUUAGUGGGUUUCUGGUGAGCUUCCCAGCUGGAGUGCUGUGGUACAGUGGGCUCUGCAAAGGGGGGCCAGGUACAGUGAUUCCCUCAGCUCUAGGGGCAGCCAAGAGGGUCCUGGUUGGCCAGAGUUCCCAGGCUGAUUGCUUUUACUAUAGCAGUCUUUUCUGAUUACUAUAGUGUGUGGUAUAGUUUAAAACAUUUCCUAUUAUUUUUAAGAGGGGAGAAGGUUGGGAACUCUGGUCUAGUGUUCCGUAGUUACGUUCUUCUAUUUUAGUUUAAAUGAUUUCAACCUAUCUCCUUCUCCAAAUUAUUUUUAAAACUGGAAUGUGCUUCUAAAUCUGUGCUCUAUCUGGAAAAUAUGGGGUGUGGGGAGAGGACUGGAAUAGGGCAAAGGUGAGGACUGGAAUAGGGCAAAGGUGAGAACUGGUACUGUUGUCCAGGUAUGAGAAGAAAGUGGGGUAUGUAUCUGUGUGGGUGGUGGUAGUAAACAGUCUGAUUCUGGGUAUACUUUGAAGGUACUGCUGACAGAUGGGAUGUGGGAUGAGAGUUGAGUCAAAAGAUGAUUCAAGGAUGACUCCAGAAAGAGUUGUGGGAAAAAUAUUUUUGGGGAAGGAUUGAAUGUUAGAGUUGCCUAUAAAUAUCCAAGUAGAGAUGUUGAGUAGGCAUUUGGAUAUAUGUAUGUGACUGGAACUCAGGAGAGAGGUGGUGGAGAUGGCAGUCUGAGCGGCAUCCCAUACAGAUGGCAUCUGAAGUCACAAGACUGAAAGGGGGAACAAAUGAAGUGGAGAACAGACAGAAACAAAGAGAGGGCCUGGUUUGAGCCCUUCAAUAAUGAAGAAGAGGAGGAACCAGCAAAGAAGGAGAUAGGAAGCAACUCAGAGAGUGGUUUCCUGGACACCAAGUUUAGAAAGUGUUUCAAGAAGGGAGUGAUUCGCUGUGUCAAAUAAUGCAAAUAGGCCAAGCAAGAUGAGGACUGAGAAGUGAUCAUGGGGUUUAGCAAAGUGGAGGUCACUGGUGGCGUUGACAAAUGGCAGUUUCAGUGGGGAGGUAGAGAGUGAAAGCCUGACUGAAGAGGUGUAAAGGGAUGGAAAAGAGCAGGCAGACCUCUCUAGGAGUUUUGGUGUACAGUGAAGCAGAAAUGGGAGUGUAGCUGGAUGAGAAGUAGUCACCUAUUUAUUUUGAUAUCAUUAAUGUAUAAUUACGUGAACAACAUUAUGGUUACUAGACUCCCCCCAUUAUCAAGUUCCCCCCACAUACCCCAUUACAGUUACUGUCCAUCAGCAUAGUAAGAUGCUAUAGGAUCAAGUAGUCACCUAUUUUUAAUUGAAGAAAUUAAAAUACGUUGGUAUACCAAUGGCAAUAAUACAGAGAGGGUGAUGGAGAAAAUGGGGAGAAUGACUGGGACUAUAUCUUAGAGAAAAUGAGAGAGGAUAGGAUUCUGUUCACAAUUGUAAGAAUAGCUCUUAGUAGGCAGUUUAUACACAGUCAUAGCAGAGAGGCAAGUAGGUGGGUAAAGAAGGUGAUGUGAACUUGUGAGUUUAUUGAGCCCUUCGAUUUUCUUAGUGAAAUAGGAAGCAAAGUCAGUAGUUAAGAGUAAGGAUGGAGAAGAAAGUGAUGGAAGUCUGAUGCGAGGAGAAAUAGGGCAUAUUCUUUAGGUUGGUGGACGAGGCCCACAGGGGUAUUUGUAACUAAGUUGAGAAGACUGUACAGAGCUACAUUUUGCCUUGCGAGAUUAGUCCCUGCGGGCGCUCCGUAGUCUGCGUGCGUUUCCUUGGAGACGAAGACAGGAGGGAAAGCUCCUGGUCUUCCUGGGAAGUUUGAGGGGCCUGGGUUACCGCGCGAUCCACGCUGAGACCAGGAAGUUGGAGACGCCGAAUAAAUAGACAUCCGAAGAGAUCAGGGCCCCACCGAGUAAACUACUCUUUACCCAUUUUCCCCAAUGGCGCAGGUCUUUCCGAACCACUCUGGGAUUCGCUCCACAGUCCACAAAUUCCAGAUUCUGGAUUAUGUUACAUGGCAACGGCCCAAGGCGAAAACCGACUCAUCUACUCUGCUUCCAGUCCUACAAACCAGCCACCUCAAGAAAAGCAAAAUGAAGACUUUGCCUAGCAUCCAGCCAGGGUUACAUUCCAAGCCCACCAUGUUGAUGACAAGCCAGCCGAGGAAUCCACGAGAACCGCACAGAAGGAAGUUGGACCCCGGCAACACACAGGCCCAAAUCUGCCUAUUGAAGACGUUGCUCAGGAACCGGCAAGCCUCACUCCAGGGGCUCUGCAACCACCAGGACGUCCUCAUUAGGCUCAACCAGAAACUGAUCAAGACCAUCCAGGACGCAGAGGCCAGCUCGGCGCUGCAAGUGCGCGCUAUGCUGCAGCAGCAGGACGUCCUCGGGACCAUCAUCGACAUCUUGGAGCACUCGAGCAAGGAGAGGCUGCAGCAGUUGAAUUGUGAACUUCAGGAGUGGGAGGAGAAGGAGGAAUCCAAACUGAGCUACCUGCAGCAGCAGGUGGAGCAGCUGAAUGCCAAGAUCGAGAAGACCCAAGAGGAAGUGAGAUUUCUGAGCACUUAUAUGGACCAUGAGUAUCCUGUCAAGUCGGUCCAGAUUGCCAACCUUUUACGCCAGCUGCAGCAGAUAAAGGACAACCAGCAGGAUGAGUUGGAUGACCUUAACGAGAUGCGCAAAAUGGUCCUGGGGUCUUUGUCUGAACAGAUCCAUAAGAAGAAGAAAAACUUUCUGAGGUAUCUGGUGAAGAAAACCCAGUAUCCUCAUCAGGAGGCUCUUCUCCAGAAGACCCGGGAUAGCCAGGAGAUGCUCAAAUGCAUGGACAAGUUGAGAGACUUUAUCAAGCUGUUCCAGGAGGAAAUACCCAUGUUGAAGGCCGAGGUGGAACAGCUGCAAGUCCAGAUCCAGGAACCCCGAGAGGUUGUAUUUGCAGAUGUUCUGCUUCGGAGACCCAAGUGCAGCCCAGACAUGGAUGUCGUCCUCAGCAUCCCUGUGGAAGAGCUGCUACCAUUCUAGAUGGCAAGGCCAUGGCCCCCCCUUCAUCCUUGCUCUCGCCCCGACACCUGGAGCCUUGAACCAUCGCCUUCCAAGACCACAUCCCCACUCACACCUUAGUCUGCAAUUUCCUCCUCCCUCUCUCCUUUCUGGUUGGUUCUGCUGCUUGGGUCAGAUGGGAAUUCCCAGUCAAGCCUACCAUUCAUUUUUGCUAAUAAAGCUGGAUUUGCAUUU